AUGGAUCCUCAAAUCGAAUCUUCGCGUGCCAAUGAUCCAGACGACUCCUCGGAGCCGUUUGAUCCAAACAUGGUGAUCCACGUCGAGCACACCGUCACGGUCGAGUCAGUCUACGAAGAACCGCUGGAGACUGACCCAACACCACGACCCUUCGGCGACAACAGCGGAUUCUACCAAGCCACCGUCUCGGCAGCCUCGCAGCUCGCGCGAGCCAUCCUGACCGGACCAAUCCCUCAAAUAGAAAUCGAGGAUGCCGAUGCCGAUGCCGCUGGUCUGCCAAUGACUCGUCCUCGCAACCGAAAAUGGAUCUGGACCGCGGCGCUGCUCGCAGCAGCUAAUAUCAUAACAUGCACAGUGGACAGCAUGAUGGCAGUGAUGGUUCCGACCAUCGCCUACGAUCUCGACGUCCAGGGCUUUCAAUGGCUUCUAGCAGGACCAGCAAUCGGAGCAGCGGCCUCGGUUCUGGUGGCAGGCCAGAUCUACGCUGUCUUCCCCUUCCGCACCGUCUACACAUUGUUUGCACUGCUUCUUUUGGUUGGCAUCAUGUCGCCUGGCUUCGCGUCCUCGUACAUGACCAUGUUCUUCUACAGCCGCAUCCUCAUGGGUAUCGGGAUGGCAGGACAACAACUGGGCGCGCUGAUCUUUUUAGGUCAUAACGGUCGAUUCAUGGAUAAAGUGCGCCGCGACUUUUUCGUCUCGGUCAGCACCGCCCUGGGCUUCAUCGUCGGUCCUAUCUUCGGGGCCAUAUUCGCGCAUCGCAACAAGUUCUGGAGCUGGGGCUUCUACACGGCUGCAUUGGCCCUGACAUUCAUUCAGAUCGCGGUCAUCGCUCUGCUCCCACAUAAGUUCGACACCGGGCUGUGGACCGUCGGGGACGCGGUGAUUCUGUUUGGACGGCGCAUGAUUCUGCGAGUCGACUUUCUCGGCUGCUUGCUGGGAUUCUUCGGCCUGCUGACCGUCCUCAUCACCUUCAACCUCGCGGGCACUUGGAUCCACUGGUCCGACGGAUCUCUGUAUGUUCCCCUAGGUCUGGGCGCCCUGUUGCUGGUCCUGUUCGGCAUGCAGCAGUACUUCAAGGUCUGCGCGUCGAACUCGACCAUCCUGUUUCCCACGCAGUAUCUGCGCUGCUUCCAAACUAGUGUCUUGUUCAUCUUGACAUUUUUGGUGUCUGGCGUCUUCCAGUCCGUCCUGGCAUACUCGGCGCUGUACCAGCUCUUGACUCGGCAGAAUCCGUCAGAAGUGGCUACGGGCUUUUACCUCCUCUUCAGCAUGACCGGACCAUACUUGAUCCCACUGAUUCUGGUACCUCUCUAUUUCGGCGGUGGACUUAUCAAGAUCUAUCCCCGCGCCGCAAGCUACGGCAUGUGGAGCGUCGUUGUCUCGGUCUUUCUGGUGCUCGGCACAGUGAUCCUGUUCAUCAAUGGACCUGGUAUUCUCCCGGGCGACGGCAACGGCAUGCCCACGAUCGCGAAACAGUUCGCCCUUGCAUGUAUCGGUUUCUGGUCCGCAGUCACUCUGCCCCUGGCGCAUCAAAUCCUCGACGUCUUCCAGCCUAUUGACCGCCCCAAUCCAAGCCAGAAACAUCCUCACCACAACCGGGCGUUUAUUCUCUUCGCAACCUAUCUCGGCGCAGCAGUCGCGUUGACAGCUACAGGUUCGGUCUUCAUGCAACUCGGCCCGCGUGCCACAUUGUCCCUGCUUGAAAACCAUCCCGACGGAUACCAAUCCUACAACGCUCCAGCAGCCAACGAAGAGGAUGCUCAGAUUCUCAUGCUCGGCUACACUUUUGUUCUCGAGGGCGUCACUCCGGCCUUGUUCAUCGAGACCAUCAAGGUGAUUGAGAAGACUUUCGAAUGGGCUUUUGCUGUUCCAAUGGCCUUUGCGAUCCUCAUGCUUCUGUUGAGCACGGUUUAUCUGGUCAUCAAGCUGUACAAGGACGGCUGGAAUCUGGUGACCUUGAAAGAAGCAGGUGUUCCUGACGAGUGGCGCGAGAGCGAGGGCAGAAACAGCGGCGGCAAUCGUCAAGCGUCAAGUCGUCUGCAAGUCGAGGCCGGGGGACGGGUCAUGGAGCUCGACGCGAGACGCGGCAGCGGUCACUUUGGCACUGGCACCGGCACUGGCACUUCAACCACUGUGAUCGAGGGCCCUUUGACCCCAAGAAUGCCUUGAUCGAGCAGAACAGAAGACGCCGUCGGUAAAGGAGAUGGCGGAGACGACGCAGUCAGUGCCGCGGCGGAGUGUAAUCAGGCGAGAUGAAUGCGGCGCAGCUCCUGGCUUUGUUGCCGGAAGCGCAUCAAGGCCGAGCUUUAUCACAUCGAGAUGCUCGACCUCCGAGGAGGUGGAUGGGCCGACAACCAGUCGCCACAACCAUAGCCGCAAUGAGAGAAGCCUGAUUCCAAAAUGAAACAUUAAUGUUUUGCCAAAAAAAGUAGAGAUCUUUGCGUGCUUGCUCUUCCCAUGGGGUAUCUAUCCGUCUCGCCUGA